CCCCCUUCCACGUCGACCUGCACUCUCGCCAUAUUUUCAACCCUGUGGAUCUCGCAGCCCGGUGCCCAAACUAAACUUUCGCAGGAGAAACCUUCAGUCGGGACCGAAUAAAGUGCGUGCAGGCAGUUCAGCAGUGAAGAGGGAGACCUGCAUCAGCUUCUCAUCCGUGCGUCUCGUCUCAUCCCGCGACGAUGAACAUCUUCAGACUGUCAGGAGAUCUCUCCCAUCUUGCUGCUAUCAUCAUCCUGCUGCUCAAAAUAUGGAAAAGCAGGUCGUGUGCAGGUAUCUCUGGAAAGAGCCAAAUUCUAUUUGCUCUCGUCUUCACCACACGCUACCUGGACCUGCUCACCUCCUUCAUCUCCCUGUAUAACACAUGCAUGAAGGUGAUCUACAUUGGCUGUGCGUACUCCACCGUCUACCUGAUCUACGUGAAGUUCAGGGCCACCUACGACGGAAACCACGACAGCUUCAGGGUGGAGUUCCUGGUUGUUCCUGUUGGAGGGCUUUCUGUCCUCAUCAACCAUGACUUCUCCGUCUUAGAGAUCCUCUGGACGUUCUCCAUCUACCUGGAGUCGGUGGCCAUCCUCCCACAGCUCUUCAUGAUCAGCAAGACGGGCGAGGCCGAGACCAUCACGACCCACUACCUGUUCUGCUUGGGCCUGUACCGGGCCCUGUAUCUCUUCAACUGGAUCUGGCGCUUCUACUUCGAGGGCUUCUUCGACAUGAUCGCCAUCGUGGCCGGCGUGGUUCAGACUGUCCUCUACUGCGACUUCUUCUACCUUUAUGUCACCAAAGUGUUGAAAGGCAAGAAGCUGAGCCUGCCAGCGUAGAGAGCCCGUCGGAGGAGAGGACGACUCCCAGCAGACUCAGGGGGUGUGGAGAUGACGCCGUGGAAUCUCAUGACCUAUAGCAAAAAGGACGCCUGAGACAGAGAGCCAACUAUCAGCGGGGG